UUUUUGUGUUUUGAUCUGUCAAUCGAACUUUUUGCAGAUUCCCGGCAGUCUCAAAUUGAGCAAAACUUACACAAAAAUCGCAACAAUUUAAAGUUUAAAACGCUUCAAAAUGACGACGCUACGACCAUUCACGUGCAACGACAUGUUCAAAUUCAACAAAGUAAACCUCGACCCGCUCACGGAAACGUACUGCCUCUCGUUCUACAUGCAGUACCUGGCCCACUGGCCGGAAUACUUCCAGGUGGCGGAAUCGCCGAGCGGUGAAAUCAUGGGCUACAUCAUGGGAAAGGCCGCAGGGCACGGCGACAACUGGCACGGCCACGUGACUGCGCUUACGGUAUCUCCGGACUACCGGCGGCUCGGACUGGCCGCGACGCUGAUGUACUUCCUGGAGGACGUUUCCGAGAAGAAGCGGUGCUACUUUGUGGAUCUGUUUGUGCGGGUGAGCAACAAGAUCGCGAUCGACAUGUACACCAAGCUAGGGUACAUCGUUUACAGGACGGUGCUGGAGUAUUAUGUGGGGGAUCCGGACGAGGACGCGUACGACAUGAGGAAGGCUUGCUCGCGGGAUGUGCAUCGGAAGUCGGUCGUUCCGUUGACGCAUCCCGUGCGGCCGGAUGAGGUGGAUUGAUAGUGGGUUGAAUAAUAAAGAAGAUUUUUUUCUUGGACAA